ACGCAGGAUCCCGUCGAAACUGGGCAAGGGCUCCGAGCCGUGUCAUCGGUGAUCGGUUCGCGCAAAACGAGUGCGACUAUUUUCUUCUCUAAUUUAGGAGUAUAUAAAAUCAUAUUCUCGAUUAUUUUGCCCUUUGCGGAACAAGUAUCCCCUAAAGUGUGCCUCGCCAAGUGUCAACUAUAGUCCCCAUCCGUAUUGUACGCUCCCUCUUUCAAGCAAAGUUCCAGCGAAAACAGGACGCGGAGAACAGGUCGCGAGAUUUCCACUAGUUUCCCGGAGAUGUAAUGACCUAUACUCGACAGUAGAGCUUUCGUUCGUGAAGAUCUGCAAUGAAUAUGAAAAAAUACUCUAAAGGUGCGAAAAUACCCCUCGAGGGUGGAAAUGUAUACAUCUAUGUGGCCCAGUGAUGGAGUUAAGUUACUGUCUAACAACAAUAUCUAACCCACGCGUAGUUUCCAUGGACAUAAUGGAUGGCUUGAGAAUAGUUGAAAAGUUUUUAGAAGUGGGCUGUUGAAUGUACUAUAUUCAAAUAAUGCGCGUUAUUGUGAUAUCCUACGUUAAGUGCACAAUAUCUUGACUUGAAAAUACUCUGUAAAUUUACCCACAACCGAACAAAACUGAUUACGAGUUUUUCUACUAGAGUUCAAACUUAAGAAUCUAACGGAAAUCUACCAUCGUCUCUGUGUUAAGCCAGCAGAUUAAAGUUGUUCAUAUUUCUGAAACAAUAUUUUUAUCGAUGUCUUGCUAUUUUUCAUGACGCUUCUUAUGUAGAACACUCAGUGUCAGCUUUAAAGAAAUACUUGAAAAAUGAUUUCUUAGUAAGUUAGCAACUUUGAAAUAAAUUCUAACUUUUAAGAGAUAUUAACUGUUUAAUUGUUUACAUAUAAAGUAAUUUCAAUGCCAAAUUGAAAUGAUAAAGCUAAGAUUUCAAUAAAAAACAGUGUCGAGAGAAUUUACUCCAAACAAUGUACGUGAGAUACUUGAAAUAUUUUUAUUGCUGGACAACGUCAAGAAAAGACGAAGAAGGAAGAGCUUUCUCCCAAUAUUUCAUGGAUGACAGAGGAGAGAGCUUUUAACCCUUGCAGUCAAAGGGUUAAAAAAAAUGGACGGCAGUAGUUCCGGAGUGGUGCAAGUAUUCGUGGGAGAAUGGAGCCCUGAAUACGAGGCUCUUUCAAUCAAAGCUACCAAGCAGACCUCUUCUGCUGAAAUAGUAGAGUGCAUCAUCGAAAGGUUAAAGUUGGAAGAUAGUACGGCUUCACAUGGCUAUGAGCUGGCAGAAGUCGUGGGCAAUUCGGUUGGACAGGAGUGCAAGGAAAGAAGGCUGGGCCCUACUGAGUGUCCUGUAGCUCUUAUGCUUCUUUGGCCAAAAAGUGCUGCUCAGCAGGAGUAUUACAGGUUUUACCUCAGAAAAAAACAGCCUGACUACCUAUGGACUGACAGUAGAUUUCCCAUGGAUCCUCAACUUUUAAAGGAUUAUUUUAAUAGGUUCUUGUAUCAGCCAAGAGACAAGGAAUAUCCAGACCUCUGCCAGCUUCCAGAUUUGAACGAGCAGACACUUCUAGAUAAUCUCCGUGCUAGAUUUUUGGCCGGCAAGAUAUACACCUACGUGGGAAGCAUUUUGAUUGCUCUAAACCCCUUCAAAUUCUACCCCAUCUACAACCCGAAAUAUGUAAGCCUCUAUCAGAAUAGAAGAUUAGGGACGGACAUUCCUCCACACAUAUUUGCGAUAGCAGAUGCGGCUUACCAUUGUAUGCUGAAAGAAAAAAAGAACCAGUGUAUAGUCAUUAGUGGCGAAAGUGGGUCUGGAAAAACGGAGUCAACGAAUUUCCUACUGCAUCACUUGACAGCCCUGAGUCAGAAAGGAUCGCAUGGCAGUGGUGUCGAGCAAACUAUACUCAGUGCGGGUCCGGUUCUAGAGGCGUUUGGAAAUGCCAAAACCGCGCAUAAUAAUAAUAGUAGUCGAUUCGGUAAAUUUAUCCAAGUUAACUACAAGGAAAAUGGAAUGGUGCACGGAGCCGUGGUACAAAAGUAUCUUUUGGAGAAGUCGAGGAUUGUUUCACAAGGUAGAAACGAGAGAAAUUACCAUGUCUUCUAUUACCUGCUAGCUGGAGCGACCGAACAAGAAAAGCAAAGUCUACAUUUAGAGAGUUGUGACCGCUACAACUAUCUGAACAAAAGUGGUUGCUAUGGUCUGGAGAAUGUCGACGAGUUGCAUGAGUUUUCAAGGCUAAAGCAAUCCAUGGAAAUGGUGGGAUUUACUCCCGAAAAGCAAAGACGUCUCUUUGCUGUUUUGUCAGCUGUUCUACUACUCGGUAAUGUUGAAUUCCAACCGAGAAAAUCCUAUCAUCAUCAUGACGAGGCGGUGGGAGUCAAAAAUCCUGAGGUAGUCGCACUCAUUUCAGAACUUCUCAGGGUAAAGCAAGAAACACUUCUUGCUGCUCUCACUGCCAAGCGUGCAAGAGCUUCCGGGGAAACUCUUGUCAUCAACUACAGGCUUCCGGAAGCCAUCGCUGCGAGAGACGCGAUGGCAAAGUGUUUAUACGGUGCUCUUUUUGAUUGGAUUGUUCUGCAAGUCAACCACGCACUUCUUUCCAAGAAAGAUACUCUAAGAGAUCAUCAGGGCAACAGUAUAGGCGUUUUGGACAUUUUCGGAUUCGAGGAUUUUAAGACUUGCAAUAGUUUCGAACAAUUGUGCAUCAACUACGCCAACGAACAACUUCAACAUUAUUUUAAUCAACACGUUUUCCAGUACGAACAAAGAGAGUAUCGGAAACAGAAUAUUAGGUGGACAGAUAUCGGGUACAGCGACAACUCUGCGUGUUUGAAUCUUAUCGAGGGCAAGCCGAAUGGACUCUUGUGUCUUCUGGAUGAUCAGUGCAAUUUUCCUGGUGCUACUAAUGAGACGCUCUUGCAAAAGUUCAACUCAGUUCAUAAGGACAACCCAUUCUACGAAGCACCCCAGCGUCGCGAAGCGGCUUUCGUGGUUCGUCACUACGCGGGUUCAGUGAAGUACCAAACUUCAAACAUGAGGGAAAAGAACCUGGACUUAAUGCGACCAGAUGGCGUUGUAGGAGUCUUGAAAAAUUCUUCCCUUGCAUUUGUACGAGAAUUGGUUGGUGCUGAUCCAGUUGCUGUUUUCCGAUGGGCAAUACUUCGAGCCUUUUUCCGGGCGCAUUUUGCUUUUCAGGAAGCUGGAAGGGCUCACAGACAUGGCAGAACGGACGGCAGCAAAACGUCUGUGCAAAACAGAUACAGGACACCGAACGAGAAUCUGAUAAGUUCGCACAAACAAAUUCGCCCGCCAAGUUAUCAGAAGCAGCGCAGUGUCUGCUUGCCACCGUCUGCCCCACCUGCUACAUUAACUGCCACACAAAUUGAAAACAACGACAGUGUAAACAACAACCGGUUAUCAUGGCCACAGUUUAGAAAUAUUAAUCAGACGCAACAGCCUUCCAGUGUAACUGCAAAAAGUUACGCUGUAAGGGGAAGGGAAGACCAGCCUAAUAGUAAUAAUAGAUUCAGGCGGGAUACUCACACGCCGCUAGAGAGGGUACUUCCAAAAGACGAAGCAAACGUCAUGGAACGUGCGAAUCAAAUUGUCAUGAAAAACAAAUCUUUUCGACCAAGAGAACGAGGCAAAAAAGGCCUUAAGAAUCUUCAGACGGUGAAGACUCUCGCUGGAAGAACCCAGAGUUAUGGAACAGGACCAGGAAAAGCGAGAAAGCAGCCAAUGACAGUUUCAGCUCAGUUUCAACAAAGCUUGCACAGCCUCAUGGACACUUUGAAUCAAGCGAAUCCAUUUUUCAUUCGGUGCAUUAAAAGCAACGCUAAUAAAGUCCCAAACGAGUUUGAUGAAGAAACAGUUCAAAGGCAAUUAAGAUAUACAGGAAUGCUAGAAACUGUUAGAAUCAGACAAGCUGGAUUUAACGUGAGAUUAACUUAUGAAGAAUUUAUCCAGUUGUAUCGAAUGCUUCUUCCUAAGGGUCUGCUGAGUUCCCAAUCUGAUGUUAGAGAUUUUCUCCUAACUUUGAACCUGAACAAGGAUAAUUAUCAACUUGGAACGACCAAAGUGUUCUUGAGGGAGUCAGAAAAAAUAAAACUGGACAUCGAACUACACCAGCAGAUUAUUACGAGUAUUACGACAAUACAGAAAUGGUUCAGAGCUUGCUUGGAAAGAAGGAAAUUCCUGAGGAUCAAGAACGCUGUUGUGCAAAUCCAGUCAUUUUGGCGAAUGGUUUUGGCGCAAAAAUUCGCUCAUUCGUUGCGCUCGAGAAACGACGCGGCUAUUCAUAUCCAAUCGGCGUGGAGAGCUUAUAAAACUCAGAGCUGGUUCAAGAAAUUAAAGGCUUGUGUGAUCAUAUUCCAGGCGUGUGUCAGGGGAAAAAGUGUUAGAAAAGCUGUAGCGGAAAUGCGGAGAAAGAAGAAACGGGACCUUUUGUACAGAACAGAACAUAGAGCCGAGCUUCGGGACAAAGAAUUCUUCAGCGAGGAAUCUAGGAGUUUCUCUUCCACAACAGAAGGCAGUGUCUUUCCUCGUCGUCUGGAAUCAUACGAGCGAGUUAUUCCUGCAAAAGUCGAAGAUGUCCACCACGAACCCACUCUCGAAUCAGGCCUUGCUUACCGCAAAGUUUUACCGAGCAAACGCUUUUACAAUGACCCCAUCACCGUCUCAAAAUGCAGUGAAACCUUCUUUCCCGACGUGAACAGUGAACGAAAAGGAAGUCUAGAGAGCUUAGCAAGUCUUCGAAGUUACGAAUCCCAAAUUAGCAUCGACAGUUCAGAGUCUCAUCACUCCCAGGAAAACUCGAAGCCAAUACCCAGUAUGCGAACAAGACGUAACGAUCAAACGUCAGUCACAGCAGUCAAUACGAGUCUAGCGAACACUGCCAGUCAGUCAUCUAGCAGACGAACAGACAGUUCCUCCACUGGAUUCAGUGAUGGUGACACGGAUGCAGAAACUCCAAGUGCUGUUCAAAGUGCUCCUCCAGUUUUCAACGCCGCAGCUUUUUCCAGCACCAGGGACGUCAAAUAUCAUCUUUCUGGUCUCAACACGUCGCACAGUGCAAACGCCGACAUCUGGAGAAAAAGGCCUGACUUGCCAUCCACCACAUACAGUGAUUACCUGAUGCAAGUUCCUCAAAAAGCGACUGUUACUAGAUCACCAAACGUUUCUCAAUACCGGAACUUGACAGAAAGUCUUCUCGAACAAGCCAGGCUUGAAAGACUCAACGAGGCAUCUAACUUCAAUGUCAAACUCACAAGUGUCAUCUCGCGGGAACAGAGAGGACUCUGUGAGAAUAUAAUUUCAAACGAGUGCACCGAAAACCUACCAAGUUCGCCUCUCAGACGCGAACAGAUUUCCACCAGUGGGAAGAGCCUCAAAGAUUACAAUUAUCUCAGGAGGCAGAAUUCCGAAGGUGAUACGACUCUAAAGACAGAUCUUGUCCACAGCGAGACCUUGACGAAAAUCCCCUCUCCCAAUGAGGCAAUUUUAAGGGACAGGAACCUGCGAUCAAAGGAGAAAUCCGAACCCGACGUGCCUGUGAGAAGUGCGAGGAGAAACAGACCUUCGAGGGAAGUUCAGUGUCGUUCUAUGGGCGAAAGUGUAACUGAGAAUACAAACGAAACACGGAAUUUGUUCCUUGGGACGAUUAGGGAAAGUGACUUGAAGACGUCGAACGUCUGGACUAAGACGAGAACGAAUGAGUCUACUGUGAGGAAUAAUACCGACUGGCCUGUUAACAAAGACGUUGGGUUCAAGGGUCAACAACCUGUUAAACGUGUGAGAUCCAAUGCCAUAACGAGUUUCGAGCUACGUAGACGAAACUCAGAUCCUGCGACAAAGGUCUCGGGACUCGGAGAUGACAAAGCGACGACCGACACUAGUCCUAGCGAGUUUAAACAUGCAUCGGAAAGCAUCGAGUGGAAGGGAAAUUACUUCACGUUGGCCGGUCAUCGGUUCAGGAAAGUCGCUAGGUUUUCGAAAGAUGAUGUCUGUGUUUGUUGUCAUGCAAAAAUGGAUGCCUUCGUGACGCAAGGAUACAAAUGCAAUGAAUGCAAGCAGUUGUAUCAUGUCAAGUGUAUCCAGAACGGAGGUGUUCUGAGGAUGCCUUGCAGCAUGGCCAACACUCCUGGCAGAAGAAAUAGGAAGAAGACUGCGAGAACACCUUACGAAAAUAUCAAACAAGCGGUCGCUUCCAAGUUUAGCUUAACAGGCACUUCGGCUUUUUCAGAUAGUACAGAUAAGAUUAUUUCUGAUGCGAAGGAGUUGGCUUUAAUGCAAGACUUCAUCACCAAGAAGAUCUACGCGAUGGAGAGUCAGGAAGAAGGUGGAAAACGCAGCGAAGUUGACCGAGUUUUUAAACAAGCUUUGCGGAAGUUUAAAGACGAUUUGGUCAUCACAUAUAGCGUUGCCAUUCAACAGGGAGUAGAAGGGAAUAUUAAAUACACAGACCUCAUUGCUAACUUCCUCCAUGUGAUAGAAACGGUUUGCAAGCAGGAGAACACGAGGGAGGAUUUUCCAGUGACAAUGGGAGUCAAUGCCUUCCGGGGUUUCAUGAACGAAUUCAUGACUCUCGCAAAAACCGAGGCUCUGGAGAAGCAGAGCAAGAGCAAAAGGAAAAAGGAAAAGAAGAGAAAACAGGAGGAGCCAAUUCGACAUGGGAAUCACAUGUUCCAGUUGACUAUAAUAAAUAUCCCCACCGCCUGCGAAGUCUGCACUUCUUUCUUUAUGUGGCCUAUCGAAAGAGGACUUGUUUGUCAAAAUUGCAAGCUCACUUGUCACAAAAAGUGUUACUCGAAAGCAUGUGCAGAGUGCGGAAAGGAGGGAUCGACGGGCGAAUUAAACUCGCGACAUGUCUUUGGAGUGCCGCUUUAUAAAUUGGAUUGUGGAGAUGGAAAAGUUCCGUUAGUUGUUGAUCGUUUGAUCACGACAAUAGAGAUGCGGGGCUUGUAUACCGAGGGAAUAUACAGGAAAAGUGGAGUCAGUUCAAAGGUGAAGGAACUCAAGAUGAAAAUGGACGAGGGUGAUUUGGAGAAAGUUGAUUUUGAGAAUUAUCAGGUUCAUGUUCUCGCUGCUGUUCUCAAGAGUUUUUUCAGGGAUAUGCCCGAGCCGUUACUUACUUAUGAAUACUAUGACGACUUCCUACACGCGGCGAGCCUCACUGAUCCGCACGAUCGGAUCAGCACACUUUUUGCUAUUUUGAAAAAGUUGCCGAAACCGAAUUUCGACCUGAUGGAGCGAUUAAUCGUUCAUUUGGCGAGAGUAGCGAGACAUGAGGUGGAUAAUCGAAUGUCGCCUUCGGCCUUGGCGAUAGUUUUUGCUCCUUGUAUCUUGAGGACUAAUAGAUCACUACCGGCACAAGAUUCACUCCAAGAUGUAGGGAGACAAACGAGGUGUGUUGAGACCAUUGUUCAGGAAAAGCUGAGAGUUGUCAAGGCGACUUUGGCGGAUAUUAAUACUUUGGAAAAUGCUUGUCAUACGGCGACGCAUCGAUUGUCGAGUCUGCGGUCGUCUAAGAUUUUCAGUCCGGAGGAAUUGAAUGUUACUUCAUCCACCACAGUAGCAAGGGGAAAUACUGUGGAAUUAGAGAGAGAUCGAAGCGAUGAAGAAGAGGCUAUUCUAGUGGGCCAUAUUCAGGAGAUUGAAAAGGAGAAAGCUCUACUCACGUCCACCUUGCCGAGCUUAACGAGAGCUUCGUCAGAUGAUGAUUUGUUACUCUCUGCUACGGAUUUGGACGACGGAUCCAUGGACGACCUUCUGCCAUCUGCUGACGGUCUAGUCAGAAAGAAGCCCAUCCAGAGGCAAAGCUCGGCCGACAACUCGUUUCCUACUAUCAUCAACCACGACGAGGACAUGGUGAUGGUAUGACGAGAAUAUGUCGUCCACAAGACACGUCUCGGUUAAGUACACCAAUCAAACUAGACUAUUUACUGAUAUGGUCAACCGCUUGCGUACCGCUUCGCGAUUCGCAUGUCUGUUUUGAGAUCAUACGCUGAUAGUUAUCUUAAUAAUAGCUAACUUGACUCUAGAUAGAUUUAGUAAUUUGUUGAAUCCAGAUGAUGUUUUCACGAGUAUGAGAUGCGACAUUGCAUUGAUCACAAAUGUGCAAGAAAGUCAAUCUGUCGGUUGCCUUUCGAUAUUCUAGAAUCGCUGAAACUCAAUACUGUAUUUUGAGAAGCAGCGAAUGAAGAAUGAACUUCACGUAGCAAAACGGAAUAUUCUCAGAAAUGCAUUUCCUAUCGAAGAUUGCACUUUGCGAUAAGUUUCUUCUACAAUUUUUUACUGUUAAAGAUGUUGCUUGACGCUAAUUUUUCUGGUGGAUGAAAUAACGUGUUUCUUUCACCUGGGUUAUUAAAUUCUGUACAAAGAGUGGAUGAAGGCCAAGGCGUUAGACUGAGUUUUCAAAUGCGAUGAGACUUUGGAAAGAAUCCAAAAUGAUUAACGAUGAUCUGUUUGAAAAUGUGAUUAAUUGCGUUGAAAUUAGAGCUAAGCGAGAGGGAACGAAGGCACGAGAAACCAAAAUCUAGUUUUUAGUAAUUCGAUACAUCGUUGCGAUGAUUUUCAAAGACUUUGUUGACUCCUAUUCGUUUUACUUCACAAUCAACGGGAAGCAAUAUCGCCGGAAAACGCUUAUUAUCAUUCCAGUUGAUCUGUAUAUUUUUUACCAACGAAUUUUUUUCUUACUCACAUGUUUUCUUAGCAUUCCUUCUCUGUUAUCGAGCAACGUUUGCACUGCUCAGGACUGAACCGAUUUUUAACUCGGAGAAUCAAAAGAUGAAUUUUAGUUUUAUUUUAAUUUCAUUCUUUUUUUUCAAUCAUAAUCGGCUUCUAGGUCGGAUCUUUUUUAUUUCUUUAUUAUUAGACCAUAUCUUUCGAUUCAUCUUUCAGUUAAAAGCUUCUCAAGCAUUUCGCAAAUGCCACGCAAUGGCUGAAAGGAUUUAAAAAUUAGGCUAGCUGAUUACGAGUUUAACCACUCUUUUUCAAAUUAAGGAAACGAAUUAUAACAAGCUUAUACAUCGAUCGCUUGGACGCAGAAUCGACUUUAUUUAGAACAUUUAAGCAUUAAGCAGUUCGAUCAAUCUUUUCGUUAUUGCGUGGCUUUCGAUCGACGCUACUUUCUAGCAUAAUCAAACUCGUUAUGUACAUUUUUUCAAGUUCUCAGCUCUAGUUGCUUCGACGAUGACUUACCGCGAAAAUGUGUUUAAAAAAAGGAGAACAUCGCACAUUAUUAGAAAGUUAAUUAUAUAUACAUAUAUAUUGUACGUAAUCGAAUCGUUCCUGUUUUAAAAACUCCACGUCUUAACGUUUGUUUUAUAUUGAUAUGUAUAGUAACUAGUUAACGGCGUCGUGAGUCCAAAUUUUAUAUCAGAAAUCGUUUCGUCUUGCGUAGUUAUGUUUUUAACUUGUUUGAACAAUUUUAGAGUUAGGGGAAGCGAGAUACGAAGUUUCUUCAAAGCUUCAUUGAUUUUUUUACAAGAAUAAGAGCUGCCGAAGUCUAUGUUUUCCAAAAGAGAUUAGAGCGUUGUAUGAUAUAAGUUUGUUACAUUUCUCUACGAUAUUAUGUACAGUAUCCAUGACAUUUGAGCCGUCUCUCAGCGAAUCAGAAACUUGUGAUUCUAAAAGCACUUACUGAAGUUUGAGGCGAGCUUUCAGAACUUCCAGAGAAGAAUCGCUGACCUGUCAACAAUCUCGUUCACAUUUUAAAGCUUAGUGAUCUUGAUUAAUGGAAUGUUAAAGUUCUUCAUUUAUUUAGAAAAUUAUUUUCAUUUUAGAGUUGUCACUUAGGAAAUAAUUUGUGUAGUAUGAUUCGUAAAUACUUAUAUGAGUUUGGGUUAUUCACAGUUCUUUUCUUAAUUGGCUCUUAAAUUCUGUAUUGAUUGUGUAUUAUGAAAAAUGUUAUAUACUUAAUCUUAAGGUUGUUCUUGCGCUGCAAAAAAAUUAUACAAGCUAUAUAUUUAGUAUUUCCUCAUCCAAUAAAUUUCAACUUGAUUGACCUAAAAAUUACGAGACAAUCACUAUUUUAAAAACUCCCCUGGUAUAAAUAAAGACAGGGAUGGUCAUCUGAUAUUAUUGUUUUGUAUAAUGGCUAAAACAUUUUCAUAUAUUCUCUCUGUAUCCGGUAAACUACAUUUUAUCUGUUUCUUUACAAAUAAUAUAACUAGAGCGGUGCGCGGAAACUACUUUGAAGCGUAUACAACGGUUUAUAGAUCAAAUGUUCUUCAAGAGUUGUAUGAAUAAUCUUUUAAAAUAUAAGCUUUUCGUUUUAUUGAAAUGAUUAAAUAAACUCACUGUUGUCUAUUCCAACAAAUGGAUAAAAAUCCAAUGAAAUCUAUGAAAUUUUUAUUCAUCCGAAUUAAAAAAAGACUGCGAUGACCCAUUUAUAGUUUAAAUUAAGGUCAGCGAGAUUGUCAGGAAAAAAUUGUGUUUUCUUACGCGGAACUGAUUAGUGAGCCAGACUCAUUUGCGCACAUCUACAUUAACUGUUUUUCCAGUGUGUGUGACGUCUUCGGGCCACAAACGUGCACUCGAGUGCACAUCAUUAUUAUAUUCGUUGUCGAGGCAUAAUCGUAUUUAAGGGUAAAAAUAAUUAAUUAUACUAAUUAUUAAAAAUCGUAAUUGUUACGUGAAGGCAUAUACGCUUCUAUAUCGCGAGUUUCAGGCUUUCCGCUAGCGCAGCGCGCAAGCAGUGAUUCUACUCGAUAGGUUCUUAAUGAAAAAGGUGCGAGGGGAACGAGAUGUUCGCUAAAAGUUAGAAAACGAGACAAUCAGCAACGAGGUUCUGGAGAACGCCGACUCAAGUUCAUAGUUCAUAUGCAAUAUUUAUCUCUCAAUUUUCCCGUUCUCCUAGCGUUGUUGCUCGUCGUCCGGGACGAUAUUCGACUUAAUAACAUUGCAAAAAACAUAUAGAAAACUAUGACAAUAUCAUGUAACCUAUGAUCAGCACCAUCACCGAUGCAUCGUAAAUGGUGAUCGAUUGCGCGACUUCAUUUAACGGUUAAAAUGCCCGGAUUGUUUUCCUGAAAAUGCGCCAAGUUUAUCAACACAUCAUCACUCAUAGAAGGAAAAUAGAUUGUUGAGUCAACUAUCCUGCUCGUGCUAAAUUCGUAGACACUAUGAUGCCAUUAUUUUAGUUCAUCGAGGAUAUCUUUUAAAGAUAUUUAAUUUCUUGUUAGGGCGCGUCCAUUGAAAGACGUAAUGAAUGGAUAUUCCUUAAAUUAGUACAUAUUUAAUAGGGUGGCUAAAAUGGUUCUUAAUUUAUUAAAAAAUUUAUGACGAGCAAUGAUGUUAGUAGCCUAGAGAAACUCGAUGGGAUGAUUUGUAACAAGUUUUAACAAAAAAUUAUUUAUUUAGUAACAUGUCCCUCGUUUGUGUAGGUACUAUGCAGAAAAUUAAAAAGCAAAAUUUUUUUAAUAAGAUAAAUAGCCCGAAAUGAGAAAGAAUGAUUUUCUUGACGUUAAAAACCAUAGUUCUGGCUUUUCAAUAUUGUGCAUGCGUAUGUAUGGUACCAGAACCAAUUACCGAGGGAUUCUAUUGUCCGCGGUUCAAGAUACAAUUUUCUCUAUUUUGACUAUUUUUGCACGCAUACAUAAUUUGUAUGAUUCACAUUCUUAAUUGCGGUUCAUUUAAUGACUUGUACGAAAAAAUAACAUUUCAGUUUUAGGGUUAAAAGAAAUCAACUGUUUCCUUGCAAAAAUUUUUCCCCUUCAUAAUUGGUUCCAUUAUCCUACCUUUUAAUUAAUUUAGUUAAUAAAUUUUCGUUAACUUGUUGCUGCAAAUAAAAAAUCUGCUUUGAAGCAGAAAAAUUUUUUCGCCUUUCUCUAUCUUUUUAAUUUUUGUUAAACAAUUUUGAGGCAGCACUUGCAAUCAUCCGGCCGAGUUUUUCUGUAGGACAAACUUAUUUAUCCUAAAUUUGGAAAAAAUCGAAAAUCGUUUCAACCGUGAAAUAAAAGCCUUUCUUGGACUAACCUAAUAUUUAUUUAUUCUAAAUUUUCAAAUCCUAGAGGUGUUUGCAAGGUUUAGUUCUUAUUUUAGAAGUAAAUAAAGAAUAAGAAUUAAGUUUUGUGAAUCACGUUGGGUUUUUAAUUCUAAAGAAUUCAAACGCUUUCUUUUUAGAAAAGAAGUAAUUAUAUAAAUACUUGUACUAUAAGCUAGGAAAACCUUUGUCUAAAAUAUAAAAAAAAUGUUCUUUAAAAAUAUUCUUUUAAAGAAGAUUCUUGAAUAUCUUUCAUUAUUCAUAGACUCGUUGACUGAAGAUAAUCUAAGGAUGCGUCGAUGAGACGGCUUUCGACCUCGGUGCUCGUUUUCGACUUUUGUUUUUCCAUGUUGAGAUGUCUGUAAAUCAGAUGAACUUUAAAUAUAUUUUUUAAUGACUCAUGUACAUAUUUAUAAGAAAAAGUUGGAAACUUUCGCGUAGGUUCGAUGCUUCCUCUUUAAAAAAAAAUCAAACUGUGACAAAUGGAGAUUGUGUUGUGUGUGAGGGAAUCAUGUUCACUAUAUUAGGAUUGCAUACGUCGCAAAGCUACAAUGCUUUUCCCAUUUGUGCCAGGAGCACAAAAAUAUGUGAAAUAUAGAAUGCGAAUUUUCAUGAGUUUCGCAACGAAAAGUAAGUAUUGUCUAUGACUUGUGAAAAACGAUUCAAGAGAGCACCGAAUGGAUGAAUACGUGUUACCGGGAUGGGGACCUAUAAAUAUAUAAAUACACAUAAAUGUAGUAACUAGUAGUGGAAAUCCCCCAGGCAGUAUCCCUAACGCUUUGAACGUUGUUGCAUUUCUUUAGACUGAAAUUGCGAGGAAAGUUCCGAUUGACUAAUGAUGGGUUUACACUGGUUUCUGGCUUGAAAGCGUGUUAAAGUUUAAGAUAAAAGUUCGACUCGAGUUUCGGUCAAAAAUGGGAUAAAGUCCUCUAGAUUAAUUCAAAGGGUUUAAAGCAUUUAUCUUAUUUGAAACCAGUCCUUCUAUUUCUGAAAUAUUUAGCCUCAAGUCUCUCACCCUGUGAGAGGUAAAUUACAUUUUCAAUGAGUGGGUGUUAAAGGAAAGUUUUAAAAAGUUUUUCAGGUUUAUGUGGGGGCUUAGCCCCACAUUAUAGUCCUUUUAUAGAAGAUAAUAAUCUCAGCUCUUAUUCUUUAAUUUAUGUCGUGAACCCUUUGUCAGUCAAUGGGAAAAGCGUGACGUGUAUGCUCGGCCCUCUUUUCACCUGCUUGCAUUUUUAUAAAGCCUAGAUUCAUACUCUCUUAGCUUAGUCCCUGCCAUUGCAACGACGAACAAAAUAUCAUCCUCUUCCUAUUUUUUGUGUACUGUGCUUUUUACGGCAUUUACCAGAACUAAAUGUAGUAUACUAUGCGUUACAGUUUUACUUGCGAGUGUAAGGCGUUCUAUGUAUGUAUAUAAUAUAAGAGAGGGACGAAUGGAACCGAAAAAAGGUUGCAUCCCCCUGCGUUAGAAGUGCGCGGCCGAUAUUUGGCUUUAAUCCGUUUAUAUAUUUUUUUAAGUUUGACUGCAGGUUAAAAAUGAACUUAAAUCUAGGUAAAGAGAGCGUUCGGGAAAAAUUAUACGAGAAUUGUUAAGCGCUUUAUGUGUCGAACGGAUUGUCUCAAGAUUUCGGAGAAGGAAUUGUUUAUUGAUAACAAGGUCGAGAGAGGCGAUAGCCGCUUCACUCGAUUUGAAUUCGAAAAUGGAGGAAGAAUUUGAAAAGAGAAGGAGCGAGAUGACAUAAAGGAAUGUUGUUCGAACAACCUUUUCUUCCUUUGUUCGAAGCUUUACUGAUUUAAUCUGCGAGCCUACUUGGUGUGUGUGGGUGUGUGUUUGUGUGUACGUAUGCAAGAGCGAGAAAAUAUGUUUGAUUAGAAAUGGAGAGUGAAUAGAAAGAACGUGAAAAUAUUAUACGCGAUUGACUGUAAUUUUAUAUAAUAUUUGUAAGGAGAAAGAAAUCUUAUGUACAGCAUACCUGAUGUUAAAUAAUAAGUAUCUACCUUAUACCUAUA